CAGCAGCAGCCAUGUGCGAGGUUCAGCUGGACUUUGAGAACCAGAUGUUCAUUGAGCUCCUCGCUCAGGACGGCAUGGUCGUCCUGGCCAGGGGCCUUGGGCUUGAGAGACUGUUUCUGAAGUUCCUGAAGUUGUACUCUGACCACCACCAGCUGGUUCUGGUCCUCAACACCUCUCCUGCCCACCAGGGUCAGUAUAUGGAGGAGCUGUUGCGGGAAAAGGUUGACCAUCUUCCUCGAUCAAUCACCAACGAAGUCUCCGUAAAGGAGAGGGAGACGGUGUACCAGAGAGGGGGUGUGGUGUUCAUCACAUCUCGAAUUCUAGUGGUGGAUUUGUUGCGAGGGCAGUGUCCCGUUGCGGGUGUUUCUGGUCUCCUUAUAUGGAGUGCUCACAAAGUGACAGAGACGUCAAGUGAGGCAUUCAUCAUCAGACUCUUCAGAGAAUCUUCAAAGAGCGGAUUCGUCAAGGCAUUCUCUGACAGUCCAGAGCAGUUUAUGUCGGGAUUCUGUCAACUUGAGAGGGUGAUGCGCUGCCUUUUCCUCCGUCACCUAUACCUCUGGCCACGGUUCCAUGCCACAGUGAGCUCUUCUCUAGCCACACACAAGCCAGAGGUGGUUGAACUAAGACAGCAGCUGAGUCCCGCUAUGACAGCUAUCCAAAUGGCAGUUCUCGAUCUCAUCAAGUCUUGUAUCUCUGAACUCAAGACCUCGAACCCUGCCGUGGUUGGAGAUGGAUGAGGUUACCGUGGAGAUGUGCAUGGGGAAGGCGUUUGAUGUGGUGAUAAGACAUCAGCUGGACCCACUCUGGAACCAACUGAGCUCCAAGACAAGACAACUGGUGUUUGAUCUAAAGACACUGCGAACCAUCCUCUACUUCCUGACGCAAUAUGACUGUGUCACUUUCUUUCACUAUCUGGAGGGUCAGAGGGCUGAAAAGACCGGAGGUGGUAAAGCCAACUGGAUGCUGUUGGACUCAGCUAACAUUGUGUUUGCGAGAGCCAGAGAGAGGGUGUUUGGAGACCAGAUGAGUCUGUGUCUGGAGGAAAGUCCAAAGUGGCAUCUGUUGAGAAUGGUGUUGGAGGAAGUGAGGGGAGAGGUUGGCGGAGGAGAGGGGGGUGUGGGGAGUGGGAGGGUUCUGGUGGUGGUCAAUGAUGAGAGGACAUCCUACCAACUUAAACAGUUCCUGUGUUCUGGUGGGCGGAGCUUACUGGAGCAGCAGUUUCAUAGAUUCCUCUCUCAAAAGUACCCUCAGUACCAGCUGGGAGGAGGGGGCGUGGCCGAGGUGGGCGGGGCCAGGAAGAGGAAGCAGGCGGCUCCGAGGAAGGCAUACCACCAGCAGUCUGCAGGCAAAUCUGGUGAACCAAGAGAUGGAGGAGACAGGUGGGAGGAAGAAGAUACCGCUGCCUUGUACGAGGGACUGGGACAGGCCGAACUCCAGUUCAGUGAAGAUGGCAGCAUGAAGGUAGCUCCGCCCACCUCCAAAGAAGACCACACCCACUUCAGACUCCUCCCUGAGCCCGUGGUCGUGUUUCAUGCUCUGGAGAUUGCCGGAGAGCAGCCGCACCAGCUGCAUCGUGUUCUGGAUGAACUCCGGCCUCGUUACGUGGUCAUGUAUGACCCUGACGUACGCUCCGUCAGACAGCUGGAGGUGUACCAGUCCAGUCACCCGGAAACGAGAGUGAGAGUGUACUUCCUUCUGUAUGACAUUUCCGUGGAGGAACAGAGGUACCUGACAGCUCUCAGGAGAGAGAAGGAGGCUUUUCAGCAGCUGAUCAGAGAGAGAGCUCAAAUGGUUCUCCCGGUGGACCAAGGAGUGGGCGGAGCCAAAGAUUUCACUGACCACACCCACUCACGUAGAGCUGGAGGUCAGAGCUCGGAGGAGAAGGUAUAUGCACACAUACACACUUACAAUUGCCUACCUGAGUAGACGAUAUGGCAACACAACCACUAGAGUGAAGAAGUGAACAGGUUUUGGGUGUAGAUACGAAACAUGUUGUCAAGUUGACCAUCUCUGUCUUCAGGUGAUAGUUGACAUGAGAGAGUUCAGAAGUUCUCUGCCUUCUCUCCUCCACAAGAGAGGAAUCAACAUUCUGCCUCUCACUCUGGAGGUGGGGGACUAUGUCCUGACGCCAGAUGUGUGUGUGGAGAGGAAGAGUGUCAGCGAUCUCAUCUCCUCCCUCAACUCCGGUCGACUCUACUCCCAGGCCACUGCUCUCACUCGCCACUACCCCAGACCCCUCCUCCUGAUCGAGUUCCCUCACGACAAGUCAUUUUCCCUGCAGAGUCUGGCUGGUGUCCAGUCUGACAUGUCGUCCCAGAGCCCACUCUCUAAACUGGUUCUACUCACCCUCCAUUUCCCUGCUUUGAGGGUCAUGUGGUGCUCCAGUCCUCACGCUACUGUUGAACUAUUCCUUGAACUAAAGCGAGGCCACGCCCAGCCAGAUGCGGCCCAGGCGGUGUCGAUAGGACAAGACAGUCUGCUCGGCUCUGGGAUGGGGUCAGGGUACAACGGAGCUGCUCAAGAUUUCCUGAUGAAGUUGCCAGGAAUCAACUCACGGAACUGCAGGGUGGUUCUGGAGAAGGUGAAAGAUUUACAAGAACUGGUCUCCUUGUCACAAGAACAGCUGGAACAGUUGCUCGGCAACAGCAACAACGCCUCUCUCCUCUUUUCAUUCCUGCAUUCUUGUCAUUCAUCCUCCCAAGAUUAACCCCCUGUCUCCCCAAUUCAUGUUGCAAAUCCUUAUAAUU